AUGUCGGAGACUGCUCCAGUUGCUCCUAUCACUCCUGCACCCGCAGAAAAAAUACCUGUGAAGAAAAAGGCGAAGAAGGCAGGCGCUACUGCUGGGAAACGCAAGGCAUCCGGACCCCCAGUGUCUGAGCUCAUCACCAAGGCAGUGGCAGCUUCCAAAGAACGCAGCGGCGUUUCUCUGGCCGCGCUUAAGAAAGCGCUUGCGGCUGCUGGCUACGAUGUAGAGAAAAACAACAGCCGUAUCAAGCUUGGCCUCAAGAGCUUGGUGAGCAAGGGUACUUUGGUGCAGACCAAAGGCACCGGUGCUUCUGGCUCCUUUAAACUGAACAAGAAAGCCGCUUCCGGGGAAGGCAAACCCAAGGCCAAGAAGGCUGGCUCAGCCAAGCCUAGAAAGCCCGCUGCAGCAGCCAAAAAGCCCAAGAAAGCGAGUGGCGCCGCUACCCCGAAGAAAAGCGUCAAAAAGACUUCUAAGAAGGCAAAGAAGCCAGCAACAGCUGCUGGGACCAAGAAAGUGGCCAAGAGUGCGAAAAAGGUGAAAACACCCCAGCCAAAAAAAGCCGCCAAGAGUCCAGCUAAGGCCAAAGCCCCUAAGCCCAAGGCAGCCAAGCCUAAGUCGGCGAAGCCGAAGGUUACAAAGGCAAAGAAGGCAGCUCCGAAAAAAAAGU